CUAAAAUUCACUUUUUCUGAAUAAAAAUGUCAACCGAUGCUUGGGAAGAAAUUCAAGCUAUUAAGAGUAAACGAAAUAGUUUAAGAGAGCGAUUAGAAAAGAGAAAAAAGGCACGGCAGGAAUUACUUGGCUCAAGUUUAGGUUCUACAUCACCUGCUGGUAUUAUAGAUUCUUCUGCAGCAACAUUUAACUCCCACACAACAGUCAUAGUGAAAAAAGAAAUAAAAGUCGAGGAAAAAGAAGAUUUAGUUAAACUAGACCCAGAAUUAGAAAGAGACUUGCUGAGACAAUUAAGUGAAGUAACUCUUCAGCUACCAGUUGUAUCUUCAGAAAUAUUAACUUCUCUUAAACUAUAUGCAGAUAGUGACAGCACUCAUAGAAAAAUAUGCAACCUACUAGAGAAGUUUGCCAUUCAGAAGUUAAUCACAGGAAAAUCUUGUCCCAAGGAUGGUGUAAAUGUCUUUGAAGUCACUCAUGUGGAAGUUUCAAAAGUGAAUGCCAUGAUUUUGGAUGGUUCUGAAGGAAAAAAUGAUAUACAAAAAGAGGAUUUAAAGAGGAAAAGGGAAGACUCCCCUGAGAAGAAUUCAGAAUUAGAUGAUGAUAAAAGGAAGAAAGAAAAGAAAGAACCCAAGUCUGAUAUUUUGUCUUUGCUGUCUAUGCCUUCGACUAAAGAAAAAGAAAGCAAAAAAUUAGGCGAAGAGAUUUUAGAUUUAUUAAGCAAACCUACAGCGAAAGAAAGAUCGUUAACUGAGAGGUUCAAAUCUCAAGGGGGAAAGCAACUGAUGGAAUUUUGUCCUCAUGGUACAAGAGCUGAAUGUGAAAGAAAUGGUACCACAGAUUGUAAGAAACUUCAUUUUAAGAAAAUUCUCCAAAAGCAUACAGAUGAGACAUUAGGGGAUUGUUCAUUUCUUAAUACUUGCUUUCACAUGGACACUUGUAAAUAUGUACAUUAUGAAGUUGAUAGAGCUGGUACAUCAGAUGAUUUGCCAAGUAUACAGAGUGGACCUGUUGUCAGAGUAGAAAGUACAACUUUAUAUCCACCUCAGUGGGUGCAGUGUGAUUUAAGAUAUUUGGAUAUGACUGUAUUAGGUAAAUUUGCUGUGAUAAUGGCAGAUCCUCCAUGGGAUAUUCACAUGGAAUUACCUUAUGGUACCAUGUCAGAUGAUGAGAUGAGACAAUUAGGUAUACCACAAUUACAAGACGAAGGGCUUAUAUUUCUAUGGGUUACCGGAAGAGCUAUGGAGCUAGGUAGAGAAUGUCUACAGCUGUGGGGAUAUGAGAGGGUGGAUGAAAUCAUAUGGGUGAAAACUAAUCAGUUACAGCGUAUUAUACGAACGGGUAGAACGGGCCAUUGGUUGAAUCAUGGCAAGGAACAUUGUCUAGUAGGUAUGAAGGGCAAUCCUCCAAAUUUAAAUAGAGGCUUAGAUUCUGAUGUCAUCGUUGCCGAAGUUAGAGCAACAAGUCACAAACCAGAUGAAAUUUACGGAAUGAUAGAACGAUUGUCUCCUGGAACAAAGAAAAUAGAAUUGUUUGGCAGACCGCACAAUAUCCAACCCAAUUGGAUAACCUUAGGAAAUCAAGUAGACGGAAUUCGACUAGUUGAUCCAGUUUUGAUUGAAAAUUUUAGAAAGAGGUAUCCCACUGGCAACUGCAUGGCACCUCCUCCAGAAAAUACACAUGUAUAGAUUUUUUGUUUUUAUUCUCGAUAACUUAGUUUAUAUAAAUUACUUAAUUU